AUGGUUAAAAUAGAUCCUACAAAUAAGUGGUCUACCACAAAAUUAUUAAAGGAGACUGAUACACAUGUAUUUUAUAGAGACAAUUUGGGCAAAGUGAGAAGCUUUAGGAAAGACACGCCCUCCUCUAAGGAUUUUGUUAGAUUAAGAUUUAUGGAAAAUUUUUGGAGAUGGUGGAGAUUUAAAACUCCUGAUCUCAGAAUGGCUCUUACACCUGUAGCUUUAAGUUUAGUUUCUGGUCUAAUUAUUUAUAAUUUAUCAAUAUGGGUAUCAGAGCAUGAUGUUAUGAUAUAAGAGAGAGCAAAAUUGCCAAAAGAAUUUACAAAAGAAAAUGUAGAAGCUUUCAAAAAGGAGAGAUAAUAAAAGUAAAGCGAAGUUUAAGGCAACACUUAGAGCUGA